CGCCGCUCUGGUGGCCACCACCGAGCCGUGACGUCACUCCCACAAGGCCCCGCGCAAUGGCGCCGCCGGGGCCGGGAGCGGAGCCGCGCUUGGCGGGGCCCGGGGGAACGGGGUAGCUUUGAAACUGGCCCAGAUGGCCAGGCUUUUUCGGAGGGAAAGGAGCAGUUCCCUGGUGAAAGUGGUGGAGACUCUUGGGACACCUGCACAGCUCUGGAGCAAGAGAUGAAGAAGUUUUGCUAUUAAAGCAGUUUGGUCACAGGGGGCUCCAACGGAAAACUGCACUGGGACAACAGCACAGCGAGACGCCCAUAGGCUCGAGUUCUGCUUGACAUGGCCAUGUUCUACUAGACCUGCCAUGACGGCAUUUUUCCCCAGUGUUCCCAACUGGAUUCAAGAUGCAAAGCAGGAGGAGGAAGAGACAGGCUGGAAAUUAGUCCCCAGACCAAGAGGUGAAGAAACCGAAAGUCAGGGAAAAUGCCAGUGUGAACUAUCGGAGCCCUCCUUCCCUCACGUGGACAAGCUGAGAACUCACACACUUUCCCAUUCAGAGCAGAGGCCCUACAACUGCCCCCAGCUGCACUGUGGCAAGGCCUUUGCCUCCAAGUACAAGCUCUACAGGCAUAUGGCCACGCACUCUGCUCAGAAGCCCCACCAGUGCAUGUACUGCGAGAAGAUGUUCCACAGGAAGGAUCACCUUCGGAACCACCUGCAGACCCACGAUCCCAACAAGGAGGCCCUGCACUGUCCCGAGUGCGGCAAGAACUACAACACCAAACUGGGCUUCAGGCGACACCUGGCCAUGCACGCGGCUGCCAGCGGUGACCUCAGCUGCAAGGUGUGCCUCCAGACCUUUGAGAGCACCCAGGUCCUGCUGGAGCACCUCAAAGCCCAUUCCAGGCGGGCUUCUGGUGGGGCGAAGGAGAAGAAGCAUCCGUGUGACCACUGCGAUCGGCGCUUCUACACCCGCAAGGACGUGCGCAGGCACCUGGUGGUGCACACGGGGCGGAAGGACUUCCUGUGCCAGUACUGUGCUCAGAGGUUUGGGAGGAAAGACCACCUGACCAGGCACAUGAAGAAAAGCCACUCCCAGGAACUGCUGAAGAUUAAGACGGAGCCAGUGGACAUGUUGGGUCUGCUCAGCUGCAGCUCCUCUGUGGCAGUGAAGGAAGAGCUGAGUCCUGUCCUGUGUAUGGCAUCCAGAGACAUGAUGGGUGCUACUUUAACAAGCAGAACUGCAGUAACUUUUGUCAAUGCGAGGAAAAUCAAACCCAGCAAGGGCAGCAUGGUCAGAGACAGCAUUGGAGCUGAUUCCAGGUGUUUGCACAGGAAAAUGGAUUCAAAGUUCCUCUACCACAACAGCUUGUAAUCUGAAGGUAUUUUACCAGUCAGUCUAAAACUAACGAGAAUAAUUCAGUUUAAAAUAGUAAGUGUGCAAUUCACAGAACAAAUUGCAGUGAACAACUUUUACCUGUUUAUAAGAAAAUACUUGGAGCAUCCAAGGUUAGAGCACUUGGGAAUCCCAGUCCACUAGGCAACUCAGGGGAAGUCAUCUUAGCCAAGCUCCUGCUGAUGCAGCUGGAGGUGAGGGACACAGGAAACUGGAAUGCUGAGAGGGGGAUUGCUGCAGCACAGCCUGCAAUUUGUUCUGUGGUGUAUGUGCAGGGCUUUGUGGCAGGCACUGUGCUGGUUAUGUGAUACAAAAACAAUCGUCCCAGAAAGAGUUUGGGUUUUGUUUUGGACCACGAGUUUGGAGCUGCAGGUCCAGGACAUGGCUGUGUGUCAGGCAGGCAGAACCCAGGAAACCAUUCCACUGUGAUCCCUCAGUUCCUGGCACACCUGUACCAUGAAGAUUGUACCAGAGCUCAAGGGCAGCGAGUACAGCACAUAAUUGUUCAGGAGGGUUUAAUUACAUAAAGGGCUGGCUUGGGUGGGGUCCAAAGCAGUAGGAACAGUGCAGUCAACUAAGAUAUAAACCCACAGACCUCCAGUUAAUGAAAGGACAGGACAUGAAUUUGCCAGCCCUUAUAAAUCAGACUCUGGAUUCUCAGAAAGCCAAGGACCAAUGUCCCCUAGAAAUAAGAACUAACAAAGAGCCAAGCCACUGCCUGGCAGCAGAGGGUUAACUCUUGCCCAUCCUUCCAGGCUCAGAUCUCCAGAACCCUGUGAAAGGCUGAAAGUCUUUUUUCCCCCUGGGAUUACACCUCACUCAAAAUCCAUUUGUAGGAAGAAACAACAUGUUAUCUUGCAUUUGCUUCCACUGAAUUUCACAUGACAGAAUACUCACGCACCAUGUUGUGACAGACCCUGUUCUCUGUCUCACAACAUUGCUGCUCUUUAGCCUCAGUGUUGAAAAAUGGUGUCACCUCAACUGGAAUCCUUUUCUCACCUCUGGUAGAUUGAUGAUUUCAGUACUUUUGUUGAGCUCAGCUCUUUGUUCUUUAAUUCCUUCCUUGCUGACAGGUGAACAGCAGCUGCUGAGAAGAUUUCCUGCAGUUCACUGAAAAAAUCCCCUUUUCCUUUCUCUGCCAUUGCACCACCUUUGCUCUCUGGACAGAACAACCCCAGAGAGGCAUUUUCUGCUGCCUGCAAUUAAAAUUUCCACAAAUAAAUCUUCAAAGAUGUGUUUCCCAUCACCUUACCUUCUUGCUUAUCCUCUAAUCCCAGUUAGUCAGGCUGACUGAAUUCUCCCUCAGGUGCCUAUUUUUAGUUAAUUGCCUUCCCAAGCCCUGGAGGUAUUCUGCCACUGAACAGUGAAGUGGAUGAAUAGCUUGAACAGAACCAUUUCAGGUUUCCAUCCUCAUCCAAAAUUUGUGUCUUUUCCAUAACUUACUUCUUGAAUUUUUCCCAGUUCCUAGAGAUGAGAGCUGCCACCUGAAGCUCUGAAUUCCAUCCUGGCUGACCCCUAUGCAGUAGGAGAAGGUGGUUUGGUUUAGUCUGGUCUGCUGGAUCUGGGAGGCCCAGAUUCUUUUCACCCCAAUCCCCAGCUCUGGCACCUCUCACCCUUUCCAUGCCUGUUUACCAUAACAUGCCACAGCCAUACUGAGCCUCUCCUGGAAAACAGCUGGAAGCUGCAGGGAGAUGCCAUCACCACUGAUCCAGCUGCCUUGCAGUACCACUCUUCCCAUUCCCCACCACCUCUCAGGUUCUGUUGUCCCUGCUGCACAAUCCAUGCACACUCAGACUCACACUCUCCUCUGGCUAUUCCCAGUGAUGGACUUGCUUCCUUCUAGUGAAUAACUGGGAUCCCCCUAGGAAUCCUACACAUUUCAGCUAUUCUUGUGGCUGCAGGUAAAGAGUUUUCUCCUGGGGUACAGUCUGCAAUCUCUACCUGGAGCCAGCUCUACAUCUUCCCACAGGCCACACACCACUACUCACACUAGCAUGCAAACAGGUCGAGCAAAACCAGAAGUGAUGCCCAGAAACGAGAGCAGAAAACAGAUCACAUUCUGCUUCUCACACACCCACAGCAGGAGAUGAGCUUGGCUUUCCUGUUCAAAGUGUAUUUUAUUUCCAUGUGCAAAGGUGGGCUGCAGGAGGAGCCUGAAGCACCUUCCUCACUCUGUGCUUGUGGUUGAAGCCAGGUCUGUGUGGUCCUUUCCACCAGUGCCUAAAUACCAGCCUGAAAAUAGAGUAUUCAUGACACAGAGGGAGCUUCUCUGGAUCAUAUCACACUGACAAGGGAAGUUAAAAGCAUUGCAAAAGAUAACCAGGGAAUUUGGAAUUAUUUUUUUUAUUACUAUAAAUAGGUCAGCUCUUCAGCUGGGGGAAGAAUCCUCAACAUUGAAGUGUCUUGUUACAAACCAACCAUCCCUCGCUUUUGUGUCUUUGUUUUGAACUACUGUGCAAGGGGAUAACCAGCUCUAGCAUGGAAUGCACUGAGUGGACUGGGGACAGUUCCAGGGCCUGCAGGACAGGGACAGCCUCCAACACCUGGGACAGGCCAGGCUGGCUGAGUGUCCAGGUGAACAGGGCUGUAGGCAGGUUCCUGGCCUUCUCCCUCUGUGGUCAGUAUCUUGCAAGAAGGUAACAUGAGCUUGGCUCACAGCCCUCAGAACCCACUUCAGGGUGCCAUGCCAGGGUGCAGAAGCCUGCAGCACAUCCCAGAACUUCUGCUAGAAGCCUUUCUGAAGUUUGAGAUCUCCUCACCCUUCUGAGUGCCUCAGCCUUGAUACUGUGUGGAGCUUUCCCACUUCAGUGAUUCCUGAUACCUAGGAGCAAUUUUUAGAAAGACUGUCGAGUAACAUUUGAACCAGCGUUUUCCUUGAAUGAGGAUAUUAAAGAACACAGAGCUGCCAGCUGAUGUACUCUUGAUACCUGGGGUGGCUACAAGGACAAAGAAGAACCUGUGGAACCCCUGGGAGCAGCCAAGCUCCAAAACUGCUGCUGGAAGAAAAGCUACUGAGUGGCCUUUGCAGCCACAAGUCAUAUCAAGAACCCUCUGCCAGCACAAGCUCUGCCAUCUCCCACAGGAGCCUAGACACAUCCCACUGGAAGGCGAAGGGUUUGGGAUCAGGCAUGGGAGGGGAUGGGAAAGCCACAGUGUCCCUCCCUUCACACUGUCCCUUCUUGUGCUGGUUCUGGACAGGCCCCGUGCCUGACCUCCCUCCCUGCAGCUACAGCUGCCAAAGCCAGAAACUUCCCAUUGUUACAGCUAAACAGGUUUUUGAAAAACAAACUUUCUAGCACUUUUACACAGAGUGAAUAACCUCUUUUAAAGGAGUGUUUUGGGGGCUGUAAACAAGGUUUUUAAAUUGUAAUUAACUGCCAUUAGGAAAUAUAUGAUUCAUCACUAAAAUUAGCUCCUGCAAAAUGAAGUUCAAAUUGAAAGCAUCUUUUAUAAUGAAGUUGUUUAUUAAAAGCAUUGGGAUCUACCCCAGGUGUCUUCUUGGAGGGGAGUUCGGGUUUUGGUUGAAUUAAGACAGGAUGGAAUCAUAAGACAGGUCAAAGACACAGUUCCCUACAUGAAGCCACAGAGGUUUUUAAAUUUCUGCCAAGCAAAGAAUUAGACCGACAAGAAAAAAAACUCAGCACCCCACUGGGGAGGCAGCCACAGCAGACACCAUUAUCCCCUGUUAAGGAGAAUAAUGUUUGUUAGACAAAGUUCUGGUCUCUUGGUUUCACUAAAAUUUCCAGCCCGUGUGGCAGCAUUUCAGACAAGUUCAGCCCAUUCCCCCUCCCAAAAACCCCAACAUGCUCUGCUCUCCACAGGCAGGAGAACCAGGACCAAGCCUCAAUUUAAGCUACAACUGACUGCAGGCACCAGCAGCAUUUGAAGAAGCAGGGCAAAGCACACAGGGCCUUCUUGGGAUUCUCCUUCAGAACAUGGAUUAAAAGCUGACAGCCACGAUCUGUGUUAGGUGCUUGUCUAAGAAUGAUCUAGUUUUCAGUUCUAAUUCAGCCACCAUUAAACAUGACCUUUCCUCAGCAGCUUUCCCCUGGCACUGGGGACUGUGACAACAUAAAUACACCCAUCUGCCAAAAAUGAGAAAUAAGUUUAGCAUGGAUUGUCGUGGUGGUGGAGCUGAAGCUUCCUUUGCCUUUUUAAAGGGAGAAGGGAUUACUCUGAUGAUUUCUGAGUUUUGAUUCUAGUAUUUGUCAGCUCUGAUCUCACUCACAGACACUCAGCAGCCCCCAACAAUGGACUCUGUAACCUGGGGGAAUCACAUCCAUUGCUCUGCUGAGCAAACCAUCUCAGGAAAAGAGAAUUCACUUUGCCUCCCUCAGCCAGCACUCCAGCAGAAGCUCAUUGAUCUCCUGCCACACACACUUCCCCAGCAGAAACACACAAGCUCGGGGAAGCCAAUGGAGCUGGAAGCCAACACUGAGGGCCCAGCUUCUGCAGGAGCAGCACUCCUCAAACUCCCCUCUGCUGCUCUAAAGCCCUGCCCAGCACUGCCAUCCAACAGUUCUGCCGCUCUGCCCAUCAGUGCCACAUGUCAAACAACGUGUCCCACACUAGACACGACUUGCUCAAGUGAUCUUACCCAGCAGCACAGCAGCAGCAGAUCCAAAUGCCUCAACUGGUGGCAUGAUCACAACAUAAGGCAGCGUUCAGGGCAUGCCACACUGGGAGAAAUUUAGUUUACCAGGAGAAAAAUAUUACAAUGAAAGCCAGAGUAUUCCAAGCUCUGCUUCUGGCUGAAGCCAUACAUCACAGACCAUAGGGGUGUUGAAAAGCCAAGUGUUACAAAAAGAAAUUCUCCAGAAGUGGCUUAGGAGAGCCCAAGAGAGCAGGAUGACAGGACAAUGGCAGAUUUAUUUACAAUAGGACACAAAGAAUACAUACAUUAAUUAAAAAUUACAAAGAAUACAGAGAAAACACUUCAGGGAAGGGAGAGAAAUCAAUGCUGGCUGAGCCUCUCCACUGGGGCAGGGGCAGAAGGAAAAAAAAAAAAAAUCAACAAAAAUCUCAGAGAGGGACCUCAAAUCAGAACUGACACAGGAUUCCACAGCACAGUUGGUUCACACAUCCCCUCCUCCUUUUUUCCAUCCAUGAUUCCUGGCUGAUUAGACUUUGGCAUGAUGGGCAGGGCCAGUGGGAAGGGACACAGGCCCUUGCAUGGACCUGGUGGAAACUUCUGGCAAUUGGAGUUUAAAAAGGCCCCAAAGCCCUCCCUGGGAGCAAGGAGGGCUUUGGGCAGUUUUGGGUUGGAAUGAUGCGACCUGUGGCAGCUGUUCAUUGGAAGACCUUACUCCAAGAAGAAAAUUUUCAUAGAUCUCACGAAAAAAAACCUCUCCUCUGUAGUUCUGGCUGAAUCCAGUGAGUGUGGGGAUGGAGGGAGCCUUCACUGCAACGUGGAACCUUUUUACUGAUAAACAUCACUGAAGUGACCAAAAAAAAAAAAAAAAAAACAAA